AUGGACGACGGCAGGAUCACCGAUCAUGAAGUGAUGGGCGAGAAGGCAGAUAUCACCCACGAGGAGGUGGUCCAGGUGUCCCAGUUGACGCCCGAGGAGCAAGCCAUCGAGAAGAAACUGCGGAGGCGCAUUGAUUCUUUAAUCAUGCCGCUGGUCAUUCUCGUGUAUCUGAUGAAUUAUAUUGAUCGGAAUAAUUACGCCGCCGCCAAGUUACAAGGUCUCAUGGAAGACUUGCACAUCAAUGAUCAACAGUACCAGACCGGCCUGUCCAUUCUCUUCGUUGGUUACAUCCUGAUGCAAGUCCCGUCGAAUCUCCUUCUGAACUACAUGGGCCGACCGUCGCUCUAUCUCGGCUUUUUCACCACGGCCUGGGGCCUGGUGUCGACGUUGACCAGCCAAGUCACGAGCUACGGGGGCAUCGUCGCGUGUCGGUUUAUCUUAGGGCUGGUGGAGGCUCCGUUCUUCGCCGGCGUGCUGUUCUACCUCUCCAAGUGGUAUACGAAGAAAGAGUUGGCCCUGCGCAUGAGUAUCUUCUACUCGGGCUCGCUGCUCAGUGGGGCCUUUGGUAACCUCAUCGCCGCCGGCAUCCUGAACGGUCUGCAGGGCCAUCGGGGGAUUUCCGCCUGGCAGUGGUUAUACAUCAUCGAGGGCGCCAUCACCAUGGCCGUGGGCUUGGCCGUGGCGGUGUUACUCCCCGACUUCCCCGAUACCUGGAAGCUGUUGUCGCCGGAGAUGAAGCAUGUGGCCAAUCGCCGCCUCGCCAUCGACGCAGCGGAGGCGGACGUCGACGAAGCCGGCAAGAUGAGCCAGGUCAAGGGUCUGAAGCUAGCCUUCACGGACAUCAAGACCUACGCGCUCGCCCUCGCUUACAUGGCCAUCACCGGUGCCAGUGGCUUCCAGAACUUCUUCCCGACGCUGACCAGGACGCUGAACUUCAACGAGACCAUCUCGCUGCUGCUAGUGGCGCCGCCCUACAUCUUCAUGGUGGCGUACAGUCUCGCCCACUCCUACCUGUCGGACCGGUUCGGCAGCCGGUUCUGGUUCUUCGUCUACCCCAUCCCCAUCACGAUUGUCGGCUUCGUCGUCUUCAUGACCACCGACGGCUUCGGGCCGCGCUACUUCUCCUUCUUCCUCAUGAUCUUCGUCUUCGCCCAGAACGGCACCGUCUACUCCUGGAUCGCCAACUCCAUCCCGCGCCCGCCGGCUAAACGCGCCGCCGCGUACGCCUUCAUCAACUCGGUCGGCAACUCGGCCAGCAUCUGGACCCCGUAUACCUACCGCGACACGGAUUAUCCUUACUACCGCCCAGCGAUGGGGACGUGCAUCGGCCUGCAGGUCUUGGGGCUGGCUAUGGCGGUCCUGAUGUAUUUCCACCUGCGGAGCUUGAACAAGCGGCUGGACCGGUUGGAGGACGAGGAGGUGACGUUGACGCCGAAGGAACUCGAACGGUUACAGAAGACGGCGGAGAUGGAGGGCAUCAAUAUUGCAGCGGCGCGGCGGUUGCAAAAGGGGUUCCGAUAUAUGAUCUAA